AUGAGCAGCUUCAAAAAUGGUGCACAUAUCUUGGUAUUCCCUUUCCCAGCCCAAGGUCACAUGCUCCCACUUCUAGACUUGACUCGCCACCUAGCCAACCAUGGUCUAACCAUAACCAUCUUGGUCACACCCAAAAACCUCUCCAUCCUCACCCCACUUCUCUCUUCUUCUUCCAACAUCCAAUCCCUCGUCUUCCCUUUUCCACCCCACCCUUCCCUUCCAUCUGCCGUCGAAAAUGUCAAAGACAUCGGGAACCAUGGAAAUCUACCCAUUAUUAACUCACUCGCCAACCUCCAAGACCCAAUUAUCCAUUGGUUCCACUCCCACCCUAAUCCCCCCGUCGCCAUCAUCGCCGAUUUCUUUCUCGGCUGGACCCACUACCUCGCCGGCAAAUUGGGCAUCCCCAAGAUCACGUUUUUCUCCUCCGGUGCUUUCUUGACCGCUGUUCUUGACCAUGUCUGCCAUCAUAUGACGUUGGUUUGUUCUCAAGAGGUCACGAUCUUUCAGGACUUGCCUAAUUCGCCUAGUUUUCCACGAGACCAGCUUCCAUCCCUGGCUAGGUUUUAUAAAGAAUCAGACCCAGAAUGGGAUUUGGUGCUCGAUGGUCACAUGAUGAACGCAUCGAGUUGGGGUUGGGUUGUCAACACCUUUGAUGCAUUGGAGUCUCGAUACAUGGAGUACCUGACAGAGAAAAUAGGUCAUGGGAGGGUUUUCGGAGUCGGGCCGGUUAGUUUACUUGGUGGGUCGGACUUCAUGACUCGUGGGCAGUCGGGAUCUGAGUCUGGUUCUGAUGUGGUCAAAUGGCUCGAUGGGAAACCCGAGGGUUCGGUUCUGUACGUAUGCUUUGGAAGCCAGGUGUUUUUAACCAACGACCAAAUCGAGGCUUUGGCAAUUGGGCUUGAGCAGAGUGGGGUUUAUUUUGUUUGGGUGAUGAAACCGGAAUCUGUUGAUCCAGCUGGAAUGGGGUCAGGUAGAGGAAUGGUGAUAAAGGGUUGGGCGCCACAAGUGUCCAUACUGAGUCACCAAGCAGUCGGUGGGUUUCUUAGUCACUGUGGGUGGAACUCGGUUUUGGAAGCUAUUGUAGCCGGAGUGAUGAUACUAGCCUGGCCCAUGGAGGCUGACCAAUAUGUCAAUGCUAGGCUGUUGGUAGAAGAGCACGGUGUGGCAGUCCGAGUUUGUGAGGGUCGAAACAGCGUACCAGACUCGGCCGAGUUGGCUCACACAAUUGCUGAGUCAAUGAGUGUAGAUAACACUGAAAUGUUAAAAGCAAAAGAACUGAAAGGCAAAGCAAUUGAAGCAGUUAAGGAAGGUGGGAGAUCAUCAAGGGAGUUGGGUAGGCUUGUUAAGGAGUUGUCCAACUUUCAGCCAAAAAUGAAUGUUGUUGUUAAGCACUGAUCACAAGGGUCAUAUUGUGCUUAUUUAAAGUUGUAGGGGGUCAUAUUGUCAUUCUAUGAAGGUUUAGGGGGGGUUAAUGUUGUUAUUCCUAUAAAAGUUCAUAACUCUUUUGCUUCUAGUCUAUGGUUCACCUACUUCCUACAUUCGCCC